UUCAAGAAUAGCCCGGAUUGUCGUUUUCCUUGGGCUUUUGCUCAUUCAUGCUCUAUGAUUUGAACUUGAACCCCACUGAUGUGGCAUCGACUUCUCUAGCCAUACACCCACUAUAAGCAAAGAUACCAAACUCGGAUCUUCAUAAUAUUUCUUUGAUUGCCGCUACAGUGAAAGAGAAUCUUUAAACGUCAGUGAAGAUUGCAGCUUUAUAUCGGAAUAUACUACAGGAGAAUGGGAGCGUAAUGGCGAAGGUUUAGACAAGGCUAGCUUUUUAAAAACUGCCAGUUCUGAUGCUUAAUCAUUUUGUUAGUCUGGGAUUGUUGUAAUGAUAAUGGAAAAGUUGCAGCAAAUGGAGUCAAGGGCUUGCUACUAAUUACUUCUUCAAGGAGACAUUAACAUCUAGUACUACUGCAAUGCCCUUCCCUCGAGAAACAGCCGAUUAUGACAAGGCUUCAAUGCCGCAAAACAUGCUGUUAAGUGACAGUCUUGAGGAUUUGGCAAAUCUCAGAAAGCAGCUGUACUCUGCAGCUGAAUAUUUUGAGUUAUCUUACAUUAAUGAUGACCAAAAACAGAUAGUGGCAAAUACAUUGAAGGAUUAUGCCAUCAAAGCUCUUGUAAGCACUGUGGAUCAUUUGGGCUCAGUGACAUACAAGGCCAACGAUAUGUUGGAUGAAAAAGUCGUUGAAGUUUCUGGAACAGAACUUCGAAUAUCUUGUGUUGAGCAGAGACUAAGGACGUGUCAAGAGUAUAUUGAUCGUGAGGGCCUUUCUCAGCAAUCAUUAGUCAUAAAUACACCCAAGUACUGUAAGAGGUACAUCUUGCCAGUUGGGGAAACCAGGUGUGGCCUCGAUGAUGAAGAUGUCAGGCGUCAUUUUCAAAAUGCUGUUGAAGCAACAACUACAGAUAUUCCUGAGUCGACAGUCGGAAACGAGCAAUCCCCGUCACCUUCUCCACAACUUCCUCAGCAAUCUAGAUCGUCUUUCUCCAUCUCGAUAACCAUGCCUAAAAAAGAGCUAGGACCAGAGAAGCGAACGGUCUCCCCACAUCGUUUUCGCCAUUUACGAACUGCAUCUCUUCCUAGUAGGCCAACAACACCCAAGAGUUCUAGGCCAACCACUCCAAAUCGAAGUCGACCACCCACUCCAACCCCUAGAUCACAGCUGCCGUAUACUUCAGAACCUAGGAAACCAAUGCCGCCAUUGCAUCUCCACGCGGAAAGAGAGAACACUCGAGAUUCUGAUCAUCAUCGCCCCAGCAAAAGCAAAAGUAAACGUCUCCUUAAAGCUUUGCUCAGCCGACGCAAGUCAAAGAACGACGACAUGCUUUACACUUACCUCGAUGAAUAUUGACGAUACAAGAUUAAAAGAAGAAACGAGUAGGAUCCUUUUUGUUAGGAAAGAGACCUUGGAUCCCUCCCCUUCUCCCUCCUUUUUGUACCAAAUUAUUAUCAUAUUUUUGCAGUGUAAAUUGUUUCCUUUAACCUUUUCCUCUUUUGGUAUAUUUGCAUUUCUGGGCUUAAUGUUCA